CUCAAUACCCUCCGCUUCCCUCCUCCAAGCCGUUUGCUUCUCUCUCUCUCUCUCUCUCUCUCUCCAUUCCCCAAAUCAAUUGAAUUUUCAUUUUCAAUAUAAUUAAUGGGAACAGAAAAUUUUAAUGAUGUCAAUAACGAAGUUAGCAUUAGAGUUGAUCUCACCAAGAAGAGGCCUUUCGGCCCGUCGCUCGCGGCGGAUCUUAAAGAGGCUUUCUUCCCCGACGACCCUUUCCGGGCUUUCAAGGACCAGUCGGCGGGGCGGCGGGCUUGGUCCGCUUUGCAAUAUUACGUGCCGAUUUUAGAGUGGGUCCCCAAAUACAGUCUCGCAAAGUUCCGAUAUGAUCUGCUUGCUGGUGUUACCAUUGCUAGCCUUGCUAUCCCUCAGGGGAUUAGCUACGCUCGGCUCGCCGAACUCCCUCCAAUUGUUGGCUUAUAUUCGAGUUUUGUUCCGCCUAUCGUCUACGCAAUCUUUGGAAGCUCGAAACAAUUGGCGGUGGGAGGUACACCGAGAGACGAGCCGCAGUUGUAUUUGGAGUUGUUCUUCACUGCAGCAUUCAUCACUGGGAUAUUUCAGCUGGCAAUGGGAGUUUUCAGGCUUGGUAUAUUGAUUGAUUUCUUGGCUCGGUCAACAAUCACUGGUUACAUGGGAGGAACUGCGAUCAUCAUUAUAUUGCAACAGUUGAAGGGACUGCUCGGGAUGACGCAUUUUACGCAGCAUACAGAUGUUGUCUCGGUUCUGCACGCAGUCUUUUUGUAUAGGAAAGAUUGGAGAUGGGAGAGUUUUGUUCUUGGAAUAAUCUUCCUAUGCAUCUUGCUUGUCACUAGGCAUCUGAGAAAAGCAGCUCCGAAACUUUUCUGGGUGUCAGCGAUCACUCCAUUGCUUUUGGUCAUAAUUGGCGGAAUCUUCGCUUUUCUAGUUCAUGGACAGAAUCAUGGAAUCCCUAUUGUUGGCGAAUUGAAAAGAGGGCUGAAUCCAAUCUCCAUAGGGAAAUUGCAGUUCAGAUCAAAACAUUUUGACCUCGCCUUCAAAGCCGGAGUUAUUGCAGGAUUCAUAGCUCUAGCGGAAGGUAUUGCAGUUGGUAGGAGCUUGGCACAGGCGACAAAUGAUCAAAUAGAUGGGAACAAGGAGAUGAUAGCUUAUGGGAUGAUGAAUAUUGUUGGUUCCUUCUUUUCUUGCUAUCUGACUACUGGGCCUUUUUCAAAGUCUGCUGUUAAUGCACAUGCUGGAUCAAGAUCACAAAUGUCCAAUAUCGUGCAAGCAUUUAUAAUGAUGUUGGUUCUACUUCUCUUGGCUCCUCUGUUUAAGUACACUCCUCUAGUGGUUCUCUCUGCAAUCAUCAUAACUGCCAUGAUUGGGCUUAUUGAGUAUGAGGAAGUAUAUCGCCUGCUGAAGGUGGAUAAGUUUGAUUUUGUCAUUUGCAUGACUGCGUUUCUUGGUGUCAUCUUCUCCGAGAUGAAAACUGGGCUCAUGAUGUCGGUUGCUCUGUCAAUAGUUAGAGCACUGGUGUAUGUGGCCAGACCUCAUGCUUGCAAGCUUGGAAAAAUUUCAAAUCUAAAUGGAAUGGAAAUAUAUCGCGAUAUUGAGCAGUAUCCAGAUGCAGCUAGCGUCCCUGGCAUUCUAAUCCUUCAACUUGGUUCUCCAGUCUAUUUUGCUAAUGCCAGCUACUUGAGAGAGAGGAUAUCAAGAUGGUUAGAAGAGGAAGACAACAUUGCGAAGAAGAAUAGUGAAGAAGUGUUAUAUGUGAUACUUGAUCUAAGUGGGGUGAGUUCCAUAGACAACAGUGGCAUCGGAAUGCUUGAGGAAGUCAACCGCACUCUUCAAAUCAAAGGGAUCAGGUUAGCAUUAGCAAAUCCUAGAAUAAGAGUCGUAGAUAAGCUAGUGCGAUCGAAAGUAAUCGACCAAAUUGGGUCAGAAUGGGUGUUCUUAACAAUCAAGGAAUCGGUAAAAGCUUGUCUAUUUUCGCUUGAGGAGACCAAACUAAAGGGACAGAAUCCCUAGCUUCUGGGUUAAAGGAAAGGGAGAUCAAAUGUACAUAAAUACGAAGCCUGGUGUCGUCACUGUAAGUUGAAGGCCUGGACCUGUCAGUACAUUAGUCAGGCAACGGUAAAGCUUCGUCGGGCAUUUUAGUAAUAAAAUGCUUUCGAUUGGAGUAGGGAGGGGCGUAAGUGAGCAUUUUUUGUUCGUAACGAGAAAAUUCUCUGUUUUGCAAUCAUUUUUAUUCAAAAUUGCUGGGAGAAAAAUUGUAGUAGUUCUGGUUUGCUGCUGCUGCUGCUGCUGCUGUUGAUGUUUUGCAACUUUUUAGUGAAUCUCAGAUCUUGACAAUGAAACAUAAGCUUGGAA